AUGGCCGUGGUGGACCAAAAUAACGUUGUUCACGUCUCUUCUGAAAGAGAACGUCUUUUAUCUCCGGUGACUCGCUAUGGUUCUCAUGCCUGCAGCAAUGAUCAUGAAGACCCAACAGCUGGAACCCGGGUGACCCUAGAGCAUGAAGAGGCAGAACUACGCAGGAAACUGAAAUAUUUUUUUAUGAGUCCAUGUGAUAAGUUUCAUGCCAAAGGAAGGAAGCCAUUUAAACUGGUCCUGCAAAUCCUAAAGAUCAUCAUAGUCACAGUACAGCUUGUGCUGUUUGGUUUGAGUAACCAGAUGGUUGUGACAUUUAAGGAAGAAAAUACAGCCACAUUUAAGCAUCUUUUUCUUAAAGGCUACCAGGAUGACGCAGAUGGCUCUUUGGCAGUGUACACACAGAGUGAUGUCUAUGAUUGCAUUCAUUACGCAAUAAAUCAGUACCUGCAUUUGCCAUAUAACACUGUUGGACGCUAUGCAUAUGUGCAUGGAGUGGGAUUUAAUAACUCUGCGCUGUCUCUGUGCCAGCAAUAUUAUAAAAAAGGCCGGAUAGAUCCAGGCAAUGACACCUUUAACAUCGACCCACAUGUUAUUACAGAAUGUAUAGGUGUGACACCACUUGACAUACCGCAAAGCUUCGAGAACAGUAACUACGAAAACUUUACUCUCAAGUUUCACAAGCUCAUCAAUGUGACAAUAGAGUUUCAGCUAAAAGCCAUCAAUCUACAGACCAUCAUAAACAACGAGAUUCCAGACUGUUACACUUUUAAGAUUACAAUAGUGCUGGACAAUAAGGCUCACAGCGGCAGGGUGAAGAUCAGUUUGGAUAAUCGGGUUUCUAUCAAGGAAUGCAGAGAUCCCAGUGUGUCUGGUCAUGCUGAGAACUAUGCUAGAGUAGGCUUUGACGUGACAGUGUCAUUGGUGUGUGGCCUCUCUCUGCUCCUUUGUGGCCGCUCUAUUCUCAGAGGAAUCAUGCUUCAGAAAGAGUUUGUGCAGUACUUUAAAGACAAGCUAAAGCACAAAGUUUGUUGGGAUGACAGAAUGGAAUUUAUCAAUGGUUGGUACAUACUCCUCAUUAUCAGCGAUCUGCUCACCAUCGCCGGCUCCUUAAUGAAAAUUGGUAUAGAGUCAAAGGAUAUCUCAUCCUAUGAUGUUUGUGGAAUCCUGCUGGGAACAUCAACCCUGUUAGUAUGGGUGGGAGUCAUUCGUUACCUCAGCUUCUUCCAGAAGUACAAUAUCCUGAUUGUAACACUGCGGGCGGCGUUUCCUAACGUGAUUCGUUUCUGCUGCUGUGUGGCAGUAAUCUAUCUGGGCUACUGCUUCUGUGGCUGGAUCGUUUUGGGACCUUACCAUGUUAAGUUCCGCUCGCUGUCCAUGGUGUCAGAGUGCCUGUUCUCUCUGAUAAAUGGAGACGACAUGUUCGUUACCUUCAGUGGCAUGCAGGAGAGCAGCACUUUAGUGUGGGUCUUCAGCCAGGUGUACCUGUAUACAUUCAUUUUUCUGUUCAUCUACAUGGUGCUGUCACUUUUCAUCGCACUUAUCACUGGUGCAUACGAGAACAUUAAGCAACAAACAUUUGAACCCAUCCACAUCACAGACCUACAUGCAUUUAUUGCUGAGUGUAAGGACACGCCCUGCUCUGGAAAGUUCCGUGGCUUGGAGACAUCUCCGUGCUCUUUCUUCUGCUGCUUUGACAGGACCACUACUUAUGAAGACGUGCUGCUGGUGAACUAGAUGUAGAACUACAGCGCUGCUGCCC